AUGGACAAAUACGUAGAAUUAAUUGAAACUGGCAUAUCCACGGUUUUGGAUAAGGAGAGCUAUCUAUUCACCCCACAGGAACUCAAGUACUUCCAUGCCUUCAGCAAUCUCUACUAUAAUCACAGAAUAUUCUUAACCAAAUUACUCAACCGUCAGCCUUCCAAGUGGCACAAGCUAUCGACUUUUGAUUUAAAUUUUGAUUUGGACGAGAUCCUUGAUGACCUCAUUAUUCAUCCAUAUCAUGAGACUGUAGACGACGCUGAUCUGGCUAUAGCUAUCAAUCAGUCACUAGAUACUGCUCGCGUUCAAGGCGAUCAAGACGCGUGGAAAGAUCUCAACUUCAUUCAAUCAACUGAAUACUUGAACCUACAAACAAUUUCCAUCGAGUACUUGCUCAAUAUUUGCAACAAUCAAGACUUGGUGGCAAUUUCUACCAAGUUUAAUUGCCUUCCGAAGCAACAGACACGCACAAACAUGAUUCAUGCCAUACUCAAUACCUCAACCACUCAAUCUACACUAACUAACAGUGGCGGUUUGUCUUUCAACCUCAGCGGCAAUCUACUUAACCAAUCCUUCUCACUGAAAUCCACAAUACUCAACCAAAUGGGUAAAGUCAUACGCGUAAAUCCCCCGAUACACAAUCUAUUCAACAGACUUGCAUUCGUUUAUUCGCGCCAAUCAACUUUAUUUUCGCCUCCCCACCAAUUACUCUCAUCCUUUAACAAACGGCACUAUCCGCAGCCCACACACACACGCACAAUAGCAUUCGAUAGUCGCAGCACGCUGAUUGAAUUCAUACACGCGCUCAACCUCGAAGCAGAGUUUGAUAAUGCAUUAGAUGCGCGCGAAUACCCUGAAGCGCAAGGGUUAGCUGAGAGUGUAGUGGGCAGGUGGGAACAGAUAUCCGCGUCGCAUACGACAAUACGUAACUGGCGCGCGCGCUAUUCACCUGGCCAUGUCUACACACGUCUAGUGCACAAACUAUCAGCCAUCUACUCGCGCAACAAGGACUAUCAAGCUGAGGUUCGUCUGCUGAAAGAAUUACUGCAACAGAGAGUUUGGCGUACAGCUAGACGCGGUGCUUGGUAUUCUCGUCUCGCGCUCGUUCUCAUGACGCACUACAAAGAUGAUCGCCUCUCUUCCUAUACCGAGGCACUCAACAUAUGUGCAGAUGCUCUGAUGGAUCACGACACGCACGAAAUCUACAAACCGGAUCUUUAUAGACGCGUUGCUAGACUUGAAAAAUCUAAAGUUCUCAAUGUGGCACCUGAAGACCGCACGCCCGCGAUAACGCUGCGCAAUCCUACCAAAAAGUACGUCUAUGCUGUGCGAGACUACACGGCUAUGACGACACACUCGCUUUGGAAGCCUUUCUUUCCUGUUGUGAUCCAAGAAGAAGAUGGCAGUACGAGCGAAAGUAUGGACGUAGUCCGAGUCGAAGAUAUUGCACUGCAGGCGUAUAAUAUCGAAGGCUGGCAGGGCUUACAUACAGAAGGACGCAUCGUUCGCACUAUCUUCGUCCUCGCGCUCUGGGAUAUCAUUUUCGAUCCUGCCGAGGGCGCCUUCGAGACGCCUUUCCAAAUCGCUCCACUCGACCUUCACGAUGGCGACUUUUACGAACUGCGCAGAGAUGCUAUUGAGUCGCGUCUGGGUGAAAUCUGCGAGAUUGGCGCAGCUGAUCUCGUCGCUGAGAGGUACGAUGCAGAGAUGGAGAAACGCACUUGGGCGAUAGCUGUGAAUUGGGACUAUGAACGGGGGCAGUUGGUGGGACUGGCUGAGUGUCUUGGUGGACGUUGUCUGGCACAGAUCUUCAGAGUAUUGUGUCAGGACUGGGAUCAUCGUACGGGUGGAAUGCCAGAUCUAGUGCUGUGGCGCACAGACACGCAUACUGCCAAGUUUGCAGAGGUGAAAGGACCGGGUGAUACACUUUCAGAGACACAAAAGGUGUGGAAUGACGUGCUCCUCUCAACACAGUGCGAAGUAGAUCUAUGUCAUGUAGUCGCUUCGAAUACGCUCGAAAAUGAGGAUGACGAGGUAAAAAUUAUCAACAGACCACCCAGAAAGCGAAAAAGCGUACCAGAUUUACCAACUAAACCUGCCACGCCUGGACCCGUUGCGCAGAUGAAGAGAUCUGAAUCAGAGCAGACGAUCAAACAGAAUCAGAAUGCAAUCAUGCACCGAUCCCACUCGGAGCAACCGCCACUUGCUACGAAAAACAGUAACGAUACACUUACAAUCAAAAAGAAUUCAUCAAUGCCCCCGCCGGAAUUAGGAAUCGGAAGGGUGCGCACGCCCUCCGAACUUAACAUAGAUAUACCUAAAAGUAGAGUAAUGAGACGCAAGUCAAGUGGUUCAUCCUCAAGUGGUGCCACGAAAAAGAAACCCAGAGUGAGAUCUGAGUCUUCCAUAGAGAACUACUUCAACCGAGUGUAG